CUGGAGGAUGGACUGCUUGGAUCUUCUUGUGGUCCAAGGCACUCUCAGGAUUUUCCUCCAGCACCAAAGUUCAAAAGCAUCUAUCUUCCUCCGCUCAGCCUUCCUUAUGGUCCAGCUCUCGCAUCCAUAGGUUACUCUGGGGAAUACCAUUGCUUUGACUAUGCGGACCUUCGUUGCCAGUGUGAUGUCUCUGCUUUUCAGUAUUUUAUCGAGGUUGGCCAUUGCUCUCCUCCCAAGAAGUAGACGUCUUCUGAUUUCCUGGCUGCAGUCUGCAUCUGCAGUGAUCUUGGGCUUGCUUCAAGGACCUCAAAUAGAUAUCAAAAUACAUCGAUGCUCAAAGUCCCACUAUAUGUAAAUAUUGUGUCAAUAGCAAAAUCAGGCUUAACUUUUUGGAUUUUUUUUUUAAAUCAAGCCCUGGAUGGUUGAAUCCAUUGAUACAGAGGACCAACUGCAUGAAGUUGGCAGAUUGUCAUCUAAUAUAGAUCUCAAGCAGGCAGGCAUCAUACCAUACCCCCCAAUUGUCCCGAUUUAGCAAAAACUGUCAUGAUCUUGAGUCUCAUCAGCCAAAACUAGAUACAAAAUAAUCACUUAUGUGAAUAGUGCUGAAAGAGAAACACAACAAGAAAGUGGGUUACUGUGAGUUUUCCGGUUGUGACUUUAUAACCUCCAAAGAUGCCUACUAUAGAUGUGGGUGGAACAUCAGGAGAUAAUGGUUCUGGAACAUGGCCAUACAGCCCGGAAAACUCAUAGCAACCCAUUAAUUCCAGCCAUGAAAGCCUUUGACAACAUAUAACAAGGAAGGUUAGAACCAGUGAUGGGGUUGCAAUUGUUCAAAGAAUUUGUAUGAAUCUAGGAACUCAGGAACAUGUUGAAUUGCAACUCCUGGAAAUCUCUUGUCAACAGUGGCUGCUGUUGAUUUCAUUUCCGUGGGCUUGCCUCUUCUAGUAGAUCCCCCCCCCCUUCCCCACUCCUAGAACAAGUAUCUUAUAAGCAGGGUUGCUGUUGUUGUCUAUUGUUCAGUCACUUUUGACUCUUCAUGACCUCAUGGACCAGCCCACACCAGAGCUCCCCAUUGGCCAUCACCACCCCCAGUUCCUUCAAAGUCAAGCCAGUCCCUUCAAGGAUACCAUCCAUCCAUCUUGCCCUUGGUCGGCCCCUCUUUCUUUUUCCUUCCAUUUUCCCCAGCAUCAUUCUCUUCUCUAAACUUUCCUGUCUUCUCAUAAGUAGGGUUGGUCCAAGGCAUUUUUAUUGCCUGAGAGUAAAACCAAGGUCCCAAUCCACCCAGUUCAGUUCACAAAAGCUGAUUGAACUUAUAAUUGAGCUUUGCUUCAACACUGACAAUGAGAGAACAUUCCUCACCUCAGUUGUAGAGAGAUACAAGGAACAUAAAAAAGGAGAGGAGGAAAGCAUUCAUUCAAAAGCAUUGGUUAAAAAGCAAGAAAAAUAGCCUUAUAACUUUUGGUUUUGAAAAUUAGGGAAGUAUGAUUAUACCCUCUGUAAGUGGAACUGAUAAGAACAGAUACUACAGAUUGUUUCUCAGCCUUUUGGCUAAGAUAAAAUGUAGUAUCUGUAAGUAGAACUAUCAAAAAGGAAAUUGGAAGGCUCGUUUCUUUUAGUAUUUUUCUCUAUAUAUUCAUUCUAUAUUCUAGUUCUUUUCAAUUUUAUUGUAUGGCAGAUACAUAUACAGAUUGAGGAAAUGAGCAAUCCUUAAGCUGUCAGUUUUAGACUGAAUGGCGAGAAAUUCACUUCUUGAGAAAUUUUAAGUGCCAACAAUAGCUCUUGUGGUAGAGGUAACCAUGAGGUUGGUCCCCACCCCAUCUCAUAGUUACAGCAUCAACAGAGAGAUUGUUGCUGUUGUUGCUGCUGCUGGGAAGGCCUACACGGACAGAAGACAAAAAUCAGAUCAGCAAUCUUUUUGUCCAGCAUCCUUUUCCUUGGUUAACCAGCUCUCCGAAAAAUGCACAGACAACGUGCCAAGAACCUGUAACCAAAUAUUUAAUGACAACUGCUUCUCAGCUUGGACUGUUCUAUUUAGCCUCCAAGAGAUGUCUUCCCAUCCAUGGAUUUCUUUCUUCCUCUUCUAAAGCCAGGACGGGCAUCAAAAGACAUGCCAGGUCCCCAAACACCAAAACAACUGGGUAAAAGUUAAUAACAAAAAUUUACAAGAAAUUGUUAGCAUGGUCAAACUGAAAGAGAACAAGUGAAAGAAUGCAUGACCAAAUAGGCUGCCAAUAUAGGUUGGCCGAUCAGAAUGGAAGAAUGGGAGCACAUAUGGAAUCACAAGUUAAAAUUGCCUAUUCCUACGACUUAAAGGAGAAUUGGUACAAAAUGAUGCCUAGAUGAUAUAUAACCCCACAAAAAUUAGGAUUUUUAAAAAUAAAAAUAUACAAAAUAGUUGCUGGAAAUGUGAAACCUAAGAGGGCACCGUUUACCAUAUGUGGUGGAUGUGUGAUAAGGCAAAGAAAUACUGGAAAAAUAUCCAUUACAUAUCUCAGAAAAUAUUAAAAGGAAAAUGGCAAAUGAAACUUGAAUACAGUAGAGUCUCACUUAUCCAACACUCACUUAUACCACGUUCUGGAUUAUCCAACGCGUUUUUGUAGUCAAUGUUUUCAAUACAUCGUGAUAUUUUGGUGCUAAAUUCGUAAAUACAGUAAUUACUACAUAGCAUUACUGAGUAUCGAACUACUUUUUCUGUCAAAUUUGUUGUAUAACAUGAUGUUUUGGUGCUUAAUUUGUAAAAUCAUAACCUAAUUUGAUGUUUAAUAGGCUUUUCCUUAAUCUCUCCUUAUUAUCCAACAUAUUCGCUUAUCCAACAUUCUGCUGGCCCGUUUACAUUGGAUAAGUGAGACUCUACUGUACUUCCUUUUAGAAAUUUUGGAUGAAAAAAUGGAAGCAAAUGAAGAAGUGCUAUUUAUCUAUCCACAGCGGCCAGGAUAACAUAUACUAGGCAUUGGAGACAAAAAGAAAUACCAAGUAUGGAAGAAUGGCUGAUGAAAAUAAUGGACAUUAUGAAUAUGGACAAACUGACAUACUUAUUAAGAAAACAUCAAAGAAGACCAACUAUUUUUAUUUGGCAGUUUAAUCACCAUUAUAUUGUUGUUAAAAUGUUUAGUUUAAUUUAUGCAAUGUUAAAUGCCAAUGAUGUUUGUUUUAUCAUGAAUGCAUUUUAUUUUGUUAAUUGUGGAACUUUGGGCUUGGCCCCAUGUUAGACGCCCCAAGUCCCUUCGGGGAGAUGGAGGCAUGGUAUAAAAAUAAAGUUCUUUUUCUUCUUCUUCUUCUUCUUCUUCUUCUUCUUCUUCUUCUUCUUCUUCUUCUUCUUAUUAUUAUUAUUAUUAUUAUUAUUAUUAAAAGAAAGACAGAUUGGCUAAACUUUAAAGACUACCUGACAAGGGAGAAUAUAAAAAUACUAAUUUAAACAAAAUAAUGAAGAAAAAAUACUACCAAGAGACACUAACAUUUGGCGAAGCAACUAUACCGAAAUUGAGAAAUAAACUCAGACGACAUACAUAUCCAGAGGUGAUGAAGAUUGGAAGGAUGAAUUUCCUGCUGCCCCUACCCUUUCCUUUCCCUUCCCUGUUUUUUCCCCCUGCUACUUCCUUCUCCCCUAUCCUAGACCCACUCCUUAUCCUCCCUUCCCCCAAUUUCCCCCUUUCCUUCCUUAACUUUCUGUCUUUUAAUGUUAUCUAAAGAAACCUUUCAUAAAUUUUUUUUUAAAAGUCUGAGGACCCCUGUACUAGAUCUUCUCUGAGAAAACAAAGAAGAGAUCUCUCUGCCAUUGCAUUUUAAAAAGUAUGUUGAUUAAAAAGCUAAUUUAGACCACUGGGACUUGAAGCGCCACAUGUUCUAAAUUCUUGCAUUUCGUAAGCAAAAAGGUACAAAACAGUUUUCAACAUUGAAAAUUGCUGUUAUUAAAUGGGACUAGAGACAGGCCAAUACAACCAAUGAAAAGUUAGCAGGCCUGUUAGCUAGGGGUGACGAUGAAGCAAACGCCACAAAAGCUGAAAUUUUGCUUGCCUUGCCUUUGUAAAAGGCGUGAGGACAAACCCUUUAUAUACCUCCAGCACACAACAGCAACCACUUCUGCUUUGCCGUUCUCAUCAAGAGCACCCUGCCUAGAAGCAGCAAGACAACAGUGAUCUACUUUGUUCUAAGCCAGGAAGACACAACUGAAGGAGAGUCUCCCAUAAAGGAAAUGAACAACACAAUACUUGAAGAUUAUGAUGACUAUGGUUAUUCUGAGAUAGCUGGUUUGCGCAAAACGAUGAACACUAUCACUAUAGUAAUCUACAGCCUUGCCUUUGUGCUGGGAGUCACUGGUAAUGGGCUGGUCAUUUUCAUCACCGGCUUCCGCAUGAAGAAGACAGUGAACACUGUCUGGUUCCUUAACCUUGCCAUUGCUGACUUCACCUUCACCCUCUUUCUGCCCUUUAGCAUUGCCUACAUAACCCUGGGAUUUCACUGGCCAUUUGGCCAGGCAAUGUGCAAGUUCAACACUACGCUAACUGUUCUCAAUCUCUAUGCCAGUGUCUAUCUCCUCAUGGUCAUCAGCAUCGACCGUUGCAUUUCUGUCAGGUAUCCUGUGUGGGCUCAGAACCAUCGGUCUCCCCGUCUGGCUUCCUUUGUGACUGUGGGCAUUUGGAUAGUGGCCUUGGUGUUGUCUUCUCCAAACUUCCAUUUCAAAGUCACUGGUCCACAUUCAUAUGUUGAGAACGCAACCUUCUGCUUUACCCAUUAUAGCCACAACUUGACACAAAGUAAAAUGAUACACCAUGCUAUGAUCACCAGUCGGUUCAUCUUUGCCUUCAUCAUCCCCUUUACAGUCAUUGUAGUUUGCUAUGGCAUGAUUGUUCUGAAACUUCAGAGAAACCGGUUGACCCAAUCCACCAAACCUUUCAAAGUCAUCACAGCGGUGAUUGUGGCCUUUUUUCUCUGCUGGCUUCCUUAUCAUAUUUUCUCUUUCAUUGAGACCAAAGCUGAUGAGACACCCGGGCUGCACUUAGUGCUCCCUAUAGCUAUUCCCUUGACCUCUAGUUUGGCUUUCAUCAACAGCUGUCUCAACCCAAUCCUGUACGUCUUUAUGGGACAUGAUUUCAAGGACAGGCUGAAACGUUCCCUAUUCUCUGCUUUUGAGAAUGUCUUUGCUGAGACAGCCAGUGAGAGCACAUCACAAACCAAAGUGAAGUCCUCCAUUCAGUUGGAUUCUCAGGACCUCACAAAUAGUCAAUCCUUCAAGUCUAAUCACCUAAGGACAGUCAAGAGUCCAUAGCUGAGAAGGGCCUAGCCUGUGUUUGACAUCUUUCCAGCAUAGAGAGACCACAUCUUAUUGUACGAUUGCUUCCAUUGUUGAACUACGUUUUCCAUCAAUAUACUUCUCCUAUUGUUCAACCAAAAUAUAACUCUCUGUAGUGGAAAGUCUGCGAGAUUUGUCCUUAUUCCCUGACCUACAGUGCUAGCAAGCCUCUUUGUCAAUGUGUUUUCAAGAUAAUGUGCUUCAGAACUGCCUUUAGACAGCUGUUUCUGGGCAAACAAGAUAUUCCCAGCGGAUUAGAGAUAAGACCUUGAAGUCCAGGUGUGUUAGGCAUGAUGUCAUGGGUGCCUGGAUAGGCUUAAAUUAAGUGGUUUGGCUUCAAGUAUAUCAGCGGACACAACGUUGCUAAUGAGGAUUGGUCUCUGUUCAUGUUUUCAAGUUCCCGAUUCCUGUAUUGUCAAGAUUCCUGUCUAUGUUUAUGUACUUUUGGAGAAUUUACUUUAGAGAGAUUCCUGUGUUCAUGCUCACGGAAAUACCUUGGAUUAAGUCUGUAUUUUUGGAUUUCUUGGUUUUGGGGUUUACUCUGGCAUUUUUGGAUUACUGCUACUGAACUCUGGCUUAUGUUAUAUAAUGCAUAUAUCCUGACUGUCUCUUUUGGAUUUGCCCCUUUCCCUUUUUAUAUAUUUUCUUCAAUAAACAUUUUAUUAUUGGA